AUGCAGCAGUUCUUGAGAAAACAUCUGGAGCAUGAGGAAAGGAAUGCAGUUGUGGCCAUGAAGAAUAACCUUUCUAUGAGAAACGAACAGCUGCAAGAGGGAAAAGACACUCUGGCAACCGAGCGCACCCUUGAGAGUGUUGCACGCCAGAGUGGUGGACAAGACUAUCAUUUCUGGAUUGGCUUAUCAGACACUGAGACUGAGGGAAUGUGGAAAUGGGUGGAUAACACAUAUGUUAAUAGGACGUUCUGGAAUGAAUGGCAUAAAGAGCCAAAUAAUCACAAGUCCGGAGGGUUUCAUGGAGAGGACUGCACAGUGCUGGAUUCUCGUUCCAAAAUGUGGUUUGAUGUGCCCUGCGAUUUCAGAUACAAACGUAUUUGUGAGAUGGAUCCUAUCACCAUCAACAUAUGAAUAGAAGUUGACGUGUGCAAAAUAUGUGUUUCUGGUUUUUUUAAUAAACAAUGA